CACUACUCUGGAGAAGAGGAUCCUGCUGCUAUACUCACCACCACGUCACACAUUAACAGGAAUACCAAAAGAGCGGGGGGAAAAGGAUACGAGGACACGGCUGGGGCAUGGCAGUGAACGUCGUCCUCCAGGGACCGGCCCCAUGGGGGUUUAGACUAGUUGGAGGAAAGGACUUCAACCAACCCUUAAGCAUAUCCAGGAUCAACCCUGGCAGUAAAGCAGCAAUGGUGAACCUGUGCCCUGGUGACGUCAUCUUGGCAAUUGGAGGCAUGCCUGCAGAAAAUCUGAUGCACUAUGAAGCUCAGAACGUAAUCAAGGACUGUGGCGAUCAGCUCUGCCUCACUAUAGAGAGGCCUGAAACGAGACUAUGGUCACCUAAUGUAUCAGAGGGUGGAAAGGUCAACCCUUUUAAAAUCAACUUAGAAGCAGAGCCACAGGAGUAUCGACCAAUUGGGACAGGCCAUAACCGUCAAGCCCAGCCCUUUGUGGCUGCAGCAAACAUUGAUGACAAACGUCAGCUGGUGAGCGCCACCUAUAACACCCCCAUUGGUCUCUACUCUUCAGGCAACAUUCAGGACGCCAUGCAUGGCCAGAUGCGUGGCCUGGUCCAAGACAAACCGCAGAGUCCCAGAACGCUGAACUCCAUAGAGGAGUCAGAUGUGUACCGCAUGCUGAAAAAGGACCAGGACGAGGAGCCUCUUGAACCCAGACAGUCUGGCUCCUUCAAGGCCCUGCAGGACUUUGUCAACAGCGAUGGUACUCGUCCUCUAGUAACAAGAACUGUGAGAGCUCCCACCACUAAACCUUCUGCUCCGACCGGGAACCUGCAGAAGCUGCCUGUGUGCGACAAGUGUGGCAAUGGGAUAGUUGGAACAGUGGUGAAGGCAAGGGACAAGUUUCGUCACCCUGGCUGUUUUGUCUGCACGGACUGUGACAUGAACCUAAAGCAAAAAGGUUAUUUCUUUGUGGAGGGUCAGCUGUACUGCGAGAUCCACGCCCGUGCUCGAACUAGACCUCCCAAGGACGAAGACCUGUGAAACACACGCUCUAAAACACACUCUCUAAUACAAGCACAUCUACACUUUCUGAACACCAAUGUGUGACACACAAGACCUACUCCCACGCACACUCUGCCAAUGUGAUACACCUGGACAGAUUUGUGAAUAGUAAUGUUUCAUUCAGCGAGAAUGUAAGGCAAUUUUCUUAGUGUGACACUGUUGAUUUAUCGUUCAAGUAGAUACACUUACAGUAGUAGAUGCACAUACCACUUGUCUUUUUCAACACAUUGCUACUCCUCAAAUGUGGCCCUGUGCCAUAGUAUAUCAGAUCUGUUUUGCUCUUUUAAUUUGAAAUGGUUUAUUUGUAUGCAGUGUUUUGCACAUACUUCGCAUUUUGUGGAAUGAAUUAACUUCAUUUAUUUGAAUUUAUUGUGAUAAAGUACUAUGUGUUGCUGCCAUUUGUUGUUCUAUCUUGCUCUAACACUAAGAAUGGGAUGCAUUUCGUAGAUUAGUAGUUGGCAACUAACUUGUUUGCAAUGCAAAUUCCUAUAGGCAACUAACUAACUUGCUCACUGGUUAGCAUCAGCACUUUCGAAAAAUAGGAUCCUGAUUACUUUUUAGUAGUGGGUUUUGAAGGUCACUGUAUGACCGGCCAUCAGUAAGUCUCACUACAGUGAUACACAUUUUUGGACAGGGUACCCAGGACUGAAGUUAUCAAACUCAAUUGUUUGUACAAACCCCAAAGCUGUUGUAGCUGGGAGGGG